UGCAACUGCCUACUAUAGUGCCUAUCGAAGUUGAGAUCGUGUCGUAUUUACAGAUUGCAGGUUAUGUUUGUUGCCCAAUUAUUGUUUCAAUUGAACAGUUGAACUUUUUAUCUUUCUACUUUCACUAAUUUCUUCUUAUCAACGCACCAUAAAUGUUGUGGUGGAACUUUGAUAAUCUUAUUCAAGGUUGUGAUAAUAAGGUUGUGGAAUAAUCCAAUCGAUUAGCAGGAGAUAAAAGAUCGUUAAAAGAAAAUGUUAGAACGUAAAUUUUAAAGUUAUAAAAUUCAUAGAAUGAAUUGUUGAAUCAUGUUUAGAAGAGUGAGGAACUUUUUUUACAAUCACAGACGUAAAUUUUUAUUUGGUGGAGUAUUUUUCGGUACUCUCAUAUUACUAGCAAGAUAUGCCCGAGGUAAAGUCCGAGAAUCGCAAGAAAAAGAAGUGAAUGAGUUGUUAGAAAGAACUCGAAGAAGACAACACUUUGAAAAUACAGAAAGAACAUGUAAUGAAAUAAUGCAGACUCUUUCUUCAAAUUUGAGAAAUGCUGUCACAAAGUGUCUUGAUUGUGAAAAAAUUGUGAAUGAAUUAAGAGAGGGUACUGCUGAUAAAAUUUCUGCAUGGAAUACACUCAAAGUCCUUGCCAUUUCAAGAACUGCUACAAUAAUAUAUUCGUACACAAUGUUCGUUAUAACAUUAAGGAUACAUUUCAAUGUUCUUGGUGGAUGUAUGCUUAAGGAUUCAAAAAUUUCUAAUAAUUCUUCUCAGAGUUUAGAGAAAGUAGAUGAAAGAACAAGGGAAAAAUACUUAUCAGCAUGUGGAUAUUUAAUGGAUGAAGGAAUAAAAAAACUGUCAGCAUUAAUCCAAGAAAAAGUCAAAGAAAUCACUUCUAUUUACUCUUUACAAAAUAAGUUACAUCUACAUGACGUUCAACAUAUAUACUGGGCAAUAUCAUCUACAUUAUCUGCUAUGGAAAAUGAAGAUCCAGUGAAAAAUUUAUCAUCCUACAUUGUUGAUCCUAACUUAACAAAAAACAAUCAAUCUGACAAACCACUUAUCAAACUGAUCGAUCAAACUUUAGAUCUUAUGGAAAGUCAAGAAGUUCAAGAGCUUAUGCAAAAUAAUUUGAGGGCAGGCUUGGCUUUAUUGACUGACAGAAUAUCAGAAUAUUUUAACGAUAAUGUCAAGAGUGAUAGUGCUGAAACUCAAGCUAGUGAUAUGUUUAGCAAUCUAAAUGCUGCGACGAUGCCAAUGGCUAAAAUAAUUCCAAUACUAAAUGGGCAAGUACCAGAAAAUCCAACUUCUGGUGAUUUACCGUCUGAUUGGUUGGAGAGGCUUUUACUGAGUGAGGAACUAAAGGCUCUAGGAGCCAACAUUUAUGAAGCUUUUUGUUAUUAAUUUUUGUACUAUUAUAUUUUGUUAUUAUUAUUUCUUUUUGGUUAUGCGAGUGAUACAAUUUCUUGGAAUGAAAAACAUGGAAGCAUAAUAGUACAAUAGUUUUAUUACAUAAUGGUAAGGGUAUCUUACAUUUUAAAGAUGUACCAAUGAUGUAUAGGCAUUUCACACAAUGUUCAAAG